AUGUUUGAGCAGGAGAACAAAGCUGAAGUGAACUUCAGUGAGUUUACUGGUGUCUGGCAGUAUAUCACAGACUGGCAGAACAUCUUCCGCACCUAUGACAGAGACAGCUCUGGGAUGAUAGACAAGAAUGAGCUAAAGCAAGUACUCUCAGGUUUUGGCUACAGGCUGUCUGACCAGUUCCAUGACAUCCUCAUCCGAAAGUUUGACAGACAAGGACGAGGACAGAUUGCAUUUGACGACUUCAUCCAGGGUUGCAUUGUCUUGCAGAGGUUGACAGACAUAUUCAGGCACUACGACACAGAUCAAGAUGGCUGGAUUUAGGUGUCUUAUGAGCAUUAUCUCUCCAUGGUUUUCAGCAUC